AUGGCUGAUGACAACUCGGUGCUGAAGCUGGACUGCGGCAACGCCCUCUUCUACAACCUCAAGACAUACGAAGAGGAAGGCCUCCGAGGAUGCGGCAUCUUCACGCUCCAAAAAGGCCAGAACCGAAUCGCCGGUGCUGGAGGAUGGUAUCAAGCAUGA